UGGCUUGUGGCAUCUCGUGUGGAUGUCAGUUGUCAUAAACUUUCUCGAAAGUUUGAUAAAUGCGGAGACAGAUUUUGAGAUGUAAAAUGGUACAGAUGCCUCAAAGGAGAAAUGGUUCACAGACUGAAAGAUGGACAAGACUAUAAAGAUUCACUUCAAGUCGUGUAUUAUCCUGUUUCUUGGGAUGGCCUGUACAGUUUUGUAUCUCUGGUUGUCCCUGAAACAGAUGGUUCCAUCUAUACUUCAUGUCCCUGUUGUAAGAAAGAUUUGGGAUACUGAAUACUCAAAAUGUGUUCUGCACCAGGAAACAGAGAUCCAUUCACCACUCUAUAUCAACUUCUCACUGCAUGGUCGUCUUGGUAACUGGAUGUUUGCGUAUGCAUCAUUAAUUGGAAUCGCUAUGAGAAAUAAUCGUCAACCAUUCAUUUCUAAAUAUAGUAGUCUCUCCUCAAUUUUCAAGUUACAACAUACAUUGUCAUGGCAACCAGUAUGUCUGGAUGACUUUACAGAACAAUACCCUUGUAAAUAUGAUUAUCACACAGAAAAUCUCCCUAGAAUAAACCUGACACUUAAGCAGUAUUUUCAGUCCUGGAAAUACUUUGAAGGCUAUGAAUCAGAAGUUCGGAAAGAAUUUACAUUUUGGCCAAAUAUAUAUUCUAAAGCAAGGACAAUUUUUCUUAACUACACAGAGAAUAUCUCCAACACAUCAAUCUAUGUAAGUGUUCAUGUUCGACGAACUGAUAUGAUGAUACCAAGUUCUACAAAACUUGGAUUUAAAUCAGCGCCAUUAGAGUAUAUUAACAAUGCCAUGAGUUACAUGCGCAAAAAAUUUGUGGGUAAAACUAUAAAGUUUCUGGUUGUAUCGGAUGAUUACCUUUGGUGUUCUAAGCAUUUAAGGGAACCUGACACUGUUAUUAUUCCGCAGAACCAUCAAUUUGUAGAUAUUGCAAUUUUGAGCAUGUGCAACCAUUCCAUCAUUACCACAGGGACAUAUGGAUGGUGGGGUGCAUGGCUGGCAGGUGGACAUACUGUGUACUACAGAAAUUUCCCAGAACCUGGUACUCGUCUUGAUAAGGAUCUAGAUCCAGCUGAUUUUUACCUUCCAGAUUGGGUUGCCAUGGAUACAGGAACUCAAAAAAAUUGUAACCAGGAUCUCAUGAUCUCAAUAGUGUUAAUAUCUUUGUUAUUUCUGGUAUUGUAAUGCCAAAUUCAUUAUUUUAUAGUUGUUUAACACAUUCAUCAAAGUGACUUUACGUCAUCUUAACAAAAUAGUCAUGUAAAUGAAGCUUUCAGAAAUUUUUUAUUGAACGAGGACAUUGCAUUGCUGACCAAAUUCUACUAUUGGUUAGUAGCUUCUGAUCCAAUUUAUAUAUAUAUUCAAACCUUGUUAUCUUGAAAUUGACGGGACCAUAAAAAAAAAUUGAGAUAACUGAGUAUAGGAUUUAAGUGAGUUUGAAUGUUUUGUGUAAAGUAAGGCAGGGGCUGAUAAAAUAUUUCAAAUUAAACAGGGUCUUCAAGUAAUGCAAGUUUGAGAUAACGGGGUUUGAUUGUAUUGUCAAACUUGUUUAUAAAUGCCACUUAAGCAGACAAAAUGGCCUUUAGAUUCAGUUACCAUGGAUUAUAUCACAGGUACACUGGGAACGAAAACAAGAGGUCUUUAUAUAAAGGUGAUCUUUAAUAUAGGCUCGACAUUAGAGAGGUACAACUCUAUACAAGUAUAACAUAAGAAACUUGAUUUACCAAACAAAAGUUCAUGUUGUAGAAGUUGAGAGUACUAGCCUUGUCUUGCGGUACAGUGAACCUCAGUUGGGACAGGGUGCUUUUCAUUACUCUUUACAAUGAUAAGUUUAACGUCAGAAAUGUAAAGAUGCUAUUGUUUUCCUGACACUAACUUUGUUAUGUUAGUCAAUGUUUUAUUUUGGAACAGAACAGACAAAAACACAUUCUGACAGAGUCAAAGAGGCGUGCUUUAUGCUGGGUCAGUUAAUUGUGUGACAGUAAUUUAUAUUAUAUAGCCAUACUGUAUACUAUAAAGCCAUACUAUAUACUAUAUAGUCAUACUGUAUACUAUAUAGCCACACUGUAUACUAUAUAGUCAUACUGUAUACUAUAUAGCCAUACUGUAUACUAUAUAGCCAUACU